AAUGCGAUUGUAUACAUUUUCGAAUCCACCCCUCUUCAAAAUGGAACGUUCUGAAACAGAUGUCCCAGGCGCUCAGCUCACAUCUGACCGGAGAAAGUCUGUUCAACUUCAGCGGCCACAGAAAUGAUGCUGUAGAGGAGAAACCCACAACGUAAAAGGUUAUUAGAAAAUCCAGAGAGCAAGAUGACGACUAUGGAGAGUAAAGAGGAGAUCAGUGACACUGACAGUGGGAUCAUUUUACAAUCUGGUCCGGAUAGCCCCACCUCUCCAGUGAAGGACCUGAGCCCUCACACCAGAGCCCUGAAGCUGAAGCAUCAGUCUCUGGAGGAUCGUCUGGAGCUCUGCCUGCUGGAGCUGCGAAAACUCUGCAUCAGGGAGGCAGAGCUGACAGGCAAACUGCCCUCAGAGUAUCCUCUGACGCCGGAGGAGAAGCCUCCACGAGUCCGAAGGAGGAUUGGAGCUUCAUUUAAGUUGGAUGAAGGUUUGAUGCAAAAGAAUCAGCAGGACUCUGAGUUGCAAGCAUUGGAAACAGACUUGGCUCUUCAGCAGCAGAUUUAUGUGGCAGCCCGCAAGCUCUCCUUGGAGGACAACCUCAGCAAACCACAGAAGAAGAGUCGACUCCUGCAGUGCAAGAGGGAGGAGAGGAAAGUGAAGGAUCUGCAGGAGGCCGUGUUCCAGCACAGGAUCAAGAGUGAAUGUAACUCACCCUGUGUCUCCACUUCAAGCAGCCAAAACAAAGAUCUUUGUAUGUCUGACGACAGCUCACUCUCUGAUGUGGUGGCUCUGGAUGACGAUGUGGAUUCAUCCAGCCCCCUCUCACCUCCAGUGUUGAACAAUUCCUGCUCGGACCCCCUCCAACUCUCAGAGAAACCUCUGCAAUCCUCCCCGCAGCCCUCGAGGGUGGAGUAUGAACGCUCCCCCAUCCAGAACUCCCCAUGGAAGGAGUCCAGUCUGGACCAGCCUUACCAUAAGGCCACAAAACCUCAGUCCAGCAGCAGAAGCAGAUCCAGUAGUCCCACAGGAACACCGGUGACUCCAGAAAGCUGUCGGAUCCCUCUUACUCAGUUUGUCAGGAACUCAGCUCUGCGUCACAAUCACAAUCACACCACCAGUGCCCCCUCCACUCCAGAGCUGCUGGUGCGCAGACAAUACUCCCAAUCUUUCAGGCUUCCCAAACCAAAGCAGGCUGCUGGUCCUGAGAACAGCCGUGCACGGGUCAGGCUGUUCUGCACCGCUGAUUUCAGAGUGCAGUCUCCAGAGUCCACCUUAAAAGACUCAGAUCAGUCCUUCUCCUCCCACAUUGGCUCUCCUGUGAGAACCGAACCAACUGAGAUCCCGAAGCUCUGCCCCCCGCCUUAUGGGUUCCACUUUGGAGCACAGAAGAAGAACUUCCCUGACCCAACAAAGAAGACCAGCCAGCCUCUGUCCAGCCCAGGACGUAGACGGACCCCACUAGAAGACAGCCAGCAAUCCCUGCAAAACCUAGACACGGGGGUGUGCUCCCUAUCCAGCUCUCCUGUGGCUCAACAAAUAGGAGCAACCUCCCCGAGGAGGGUCCUAAAGCCCCCCCCACCAUACACCAGGGUUGUGAGGACGCCCUCGCUGAAGGAGUACCCAAACCACGCCAUCCGGUUGAUGCCGCGGGAGAUCGUGUCAGAGGAGCUGAAGUCCUGGCAUCAGAGAAAUAAGCUGCAGAAGUUAAGGCUGAACAACGGAGAGAAGCAGGCGUCCCUCAGCGUUACAAGCCCCACCUCACCCCACCUGCCUCCCUUUAACCAGGGUUCGGGUAACUUGAUCCUGCAGAGAGCUCCGGACGGGACCCCGGUGCAGUGGUUUGUGGCUGAGGAUGCAGAAAUUGUGAGCCAGGUGUGACCACAUUCCUGUUUAUUUAUCCCUGUAUUUAUUAAGACUUGGAACUCUCUGUGAGAUUGUGUGCUGAUGCAAUGCAGAAAAUAACUUAAAACUUAAAGUAAGGUGCUACACCAGUUUAUUUAAUUUCUAAUAGUGAUUGAUAGUUGAGUUAGAGCCUCAUGCAAUCUCAUGAACACGUGUAAUGGACCAUAAACUUAAUUUUUUUGUAGUUUCUUUGUGGCUGGAACACAUUUUGCACAUUUAAGUCACCAGAUAGUUGUCGGUUAGAUUUCCUAAUUAUUUUUAUUAUAUUUAUUAUUUAAACAUUUACCUUUCAGUAUAGACUGGUAAUUACAUUUUCUAAAUAAAUAGCUAUUUUCUGUAAGUUAAAAGUGUCUUUUUUGUAUUUGAAUCAAUUGUAAUGCUUGUCAUUAACUUUUAAUAAUUAACCCCUAAGGCCUUUAAAUAUGGUUGAUGAAUGUUCUCACUGCAGUGUGGUGUGUUCUUACUAACGACUCGAUUGUAACUGUUUUCAUAUUUUUGUAUAUUUAUAAUAAAUAACACAAGCUGA